GACUGUCUAGCACAUCCAUCGUCCCCGGGAUCCAACAAUGUUGGCACUGAAGCUGAUGCUGAUCGCUGGAUCCAACGCUCUGCCGAUUAACGUACCGGACGGGCAGGAGUACCGUGUGCUUGACCUCGACACGUCGUGUACGGAGGCAGGCCAUGACAUGUACGACAACCCGCAGCACACGAAGUUGAAGUGCUGCCCUGGUUCCGAGGAGAAAGUUGAGCCAUGCCGUGGCGUUGACAACUGCUACUUUUGUCGCGAGGAACCACGGACUGUCUACGAGGUGUUCAACAAAGGGGGAAAGGCGACGAUCCGUUCCGUCGACGAUCCCAGCGUCGUGAAGCCGUUGCCGACCGCCGGGCCUCUGACCAUCAGGGGGUACCGCUGCUCUGACGCGGCAUCCAUCGGCGAGCCGUGGGAGAUGAACCUCGAGAAUGUCGACUUCGCGGGAAUUGACUGGCUUCGAGACGGCCAAUGCUGGGACUUCGCCAGCUACAAUCCACCUGCUGCCAACAACAUGGUGCAGAUGUAUGAGCUGACCAUCAAGGAUAUGGCAAAGUUCGCCACCUCCAAAUACUGCGAGAUCAACAAAGGGAAGGUGACUGAUCCUGAUCCUAACUGCACCUCUGGACAUACCUUUGGCGGGGCUGAGUAUCAUACUUUCAAUGCGGAGGGGUUCUGGGCUCUCAAGGGCACCAAGGAGAUGAUCCUCCACUCCCGUGAGGUCUACCGCUUGGGUUGUGCGAUGGACGAGAUUGGGUGCCCCAACGGCUCCUGCCAGGCGAACGACGAGGCGCUGGUGAAUAUGGUGAAGAGUGCCUACCUCCAGAUGUGUGAUAUGGUUUGCCCCAACCCCGAGGGGUGCUGCAAGUCGCGCGAGGGUUUCUUCUACUCUCAACAAGACCCGUGCUCGGAUGAAAAGUUGUGCACGACUUCUGGCAUCUGCGAAGGUCAGUGGUGGCCGCAUCGCUACGUCAACAUCCCCCCUUCGUCCUCGUCCUCCUCCUCUGAGUGAGCAACUCAGUGAGAAGCGCCCCCAUCGGGCAGUCUUGCGUUCGAAUCCCAAGGCAUCAUCUGCCGCUCUGUCCACUCGCUCGCUCUCUCUCCCACCCCCUCCCCCCUCGCUGUUGUUCACUAUAGCGUUCCUCUGUCCAUUGAAACUCGUGUCGUCUCUACCCACCUACGUCCGUGGCCUUUUGUUUUUGUGCUUGAAAGGUUUCGUAAUCGACC